AAAAAAAUAGCAUUUCGUUUUGCCUGCUUGACUACCCUCUCAAAUUUUAAGUUGCAUCCGCAUCUGGUUUUCUUUGUACUGCGGUCUCUCCGGGAGUACUCUAGGGGAGUGCUGUGUUAUUGUUAUUAUUGCUUAUGUGGCCGUUCUCUUGUCAUCCUCACUUUCAGAUUCAUUGGCGUGGUGCAUUAAUAGACUGAGUGGGAUUAAUGGGUAACUACGUUCUAGUGGGAUUGAUGGGUAUAUCAAUCCUGGGUCAAAUACCAGAUUGAAAUUUCUAGCUUUGUGGAUAGUCUGUUUAGGCAUUAUGUAAAAGUUGAUGAUUGUAUGUUUCAAAAUCACGUGAAAUUCACGUUUUCUUUAUCAUCCUUCUCCAUCAUUUUUUCUCCCCUACCCCUGGCCCCCGUAAAUCCUCAUAGCGGUGAAAAUUUUGUUCUGAAGUUUUAUGGGCCCAGAAGAAAAUUCUGUUUAGAACUGUGGGACUAGGUUUGUUACCAGUAAUAUGAAAGGCUCAGAGUUUUGCCUGGAAAAGAAAAAAAAGGUUAAAGUACCAGCGAGGAGACUUCGUGAGAUAGUUUCUCCAAAUCAAGGAGAUAAUUUGGCUUUGCUGAAAGAUGAGUUGUCCCGUGGUCCUCCAGCGUUGUCUGCAAAUAAACGUCUUCCUGUUAGAACUGGGAAGAGCUUGAAUGGAACGUUAUGUGGUUCAUCAGACUUAACUUCUGCCAGAAUUUAUCAGCAGCCUCCAGUAGAAAAUCCCACUGUGUCAGAAAGUGAUUUUUCUAAAGAUGCUGCAGUGCAAGUGUUGCCUUUGAAUAAAAUGGAAGAGAACAACAGACAGAAAGCAAAUGACAUCUUUAUUUCUCAGUACACUAUGGGACAGAAAGAUGCUCUAAGAGCAGUUUUAAAACAAAAAGCUCAAAGCAUGCCUGUUUCUAAGGAGGUGAAGGUACAGCUUUUAGAAGAUGCAGGCACAGAAAAGGACCCUGUUACCCAGGAGAGUAGAAUUUCACCCAGUGGGAUUGAUUCAGCUACAACUGUGGCUGCAGCAACUGCCGCUGCCAUUGCAACAGCAGCUCCACUGAUAAAAGUGCAGAGUGAGUUGGAAGCAAAGGUUAAUUCUGUUACAGAAUUACUCAAUAAGCUACAGGAGACUGAUAAACAGUUGCAACGUGUUACAGAGCAGCAGACAACCAUGCAGAAUAAACAGGAGACACUACACUGUCACAAUCAUGAGAAACAAAUGAAUGUGUUUAUGGAGCAACAUAUUCGGCAUCUUGAAAAGCUGCAACAACAGCAAAUCGAUAUUCAGACUCAUUUCAUCAGUGCUGCACUCAAGACUAGUAGUUUUCAGCCUGUUACUGUACCUCCUCCUAUAGCAGUGGAAAAGUAUUCUGUAAAACCAGACCAUUUGAAUUUUGGUAGCAGUAACCUGUCUUCACAUAAUGUCUUUACUUCCAAACAAGCACCUUCAAGAGAGGUUGAAGAUACAACUUUUGAUAAACAGACAUCUCCUUUGGAGACACCAACACCUCGAAGAUUUGCUCCUGUCCCUGUUUCAAGGGAUGAUAAAAUAUCAAAGAGGGAAAAGCCUAUAGAAGAAAAAGAAAAUAUGGAGCUUUCAUGUCGUACAGGAAGUGUGGGAUUCUUGGAACAAAUUCUGAAUAACCGUGAUUCUUUGACGAGAAUAAGUGAAUCUUCAGACAAAACCUCACUAGCUAGGUCAAAAAUGGGAUGGAAUCCUGAGAGGAGAAACAGCAUUGAUACUGUAGCCACUCAAAGAUUUCCUUCCUAUGAAGGACUAGGAACAGCUAAAGUGACUGUGCAGAAGUCUGAUGAUAUUCUUCAUGAACUUGACCAAAAGAGGAAAGAAAUGAAUAGCAUACUCCAGUUGAAAGAAUCUCAGAUGUCAAGGCUUGCUGAGCUUCCACAGAAUUCCGUUAAACUUCAGAUAACAAAUACAAGAUCUGUAUUGAAAGAUGCUGAGAAGAUUUUAAGAGGAGUACAAAAUAAUAAAAAAGUACUUGAAGAAAAUCUGGAAGCUAUAAUUCGUGCAAAGGAUGGAGCUGCCAUGUAUUCAUUUAUCAAUGCUCUAUCCAACAACAGAGAGAUAUCAGAGAAGAUUCGGAUCAGAAAGACUGUGGAUGACUGGAUUAAAACGAUUUCUGCAGAAAUUCAAGAUGAACUGACAAGAAAAGAUUAUGAACAAAAGAGAUUUGAUCAGAAGAAUGAAAGGAACAAGCGAGCUCACUACAUAAAUAAAUAUAUUAAAACCGACACACAAGAUAAAACUGUAAACAACUCUGUAAUUCCAAGAAAACAUUCUCAAAAACAAAAAGAGGAUCAUCUUCGAAAUCCACCUAUAAGGAGCAUGCCUGCUUCAAGCUUACAAAAAGAGAGAAAAGAAGGAUUUUUGAAAGCAACCACGGUGGUGCAAGACAAGGAUUAUAUGUUACAAAUCUAUGGAAAACCAGUUUAUCAGGGUCAUCGCAGCACUCUUAAAAAAGGACCAUAUCUCAGAUUUAAUUCUCCAUCUCCUAAAUCCAGACCACAGAGACCAAAAGUAAUAGAACGAGUUAAAGGCACUAAAGUAAAGUCUAUAAGAACACAAACAGACUUUUCUGCCACGAAACCUACAAAGGUGGAUUCUAAGUUGCAACAUUCUAUUACUACACUGUCUCCUGGUGAUCAGCAGUAUUUGUUCAGCCCAAGCCGGGAAAUGCCUACUUUUUCAGGUACACUGGAAGGUCAUCUGAUACCUAUGGCAGUUCUUUUAGGACAAACCCAAAGUAAUAGUGAUUCCAUACCACCUGCUGGGGUAAUUGUAAAUAAGCCACACCCUGUAACAGUGACAACUUCAAUUCCACCAUCAUCUCGAAAAAUAGAAGCUGGAGUAAAGAAGCCUAACAUAGCAGUUGUAGAAAUGAAGUCAGAAAAAAGGGAUCCUCCUCAGCUUUCUGUACAGGUGUUACCCAAUGUGGAUAUUGACAGCAUCUCUAAUGGCAGUGCUGAUGUCGGUCUGUCUCCUUCUAGUCCCAAAGAAGCAUCUUCUCCUCCUUUGAGAACCUGGAUACAGACUCCAGAAUUUAUGAAGGCAGAUGAAGAAGAGGUGAAGUUUCCAGGAACGAACUUUGAUGAAGUAAUUGAUAUUGUACAGGAAGAAGAAAAAUGUGAUGAAAUUUCAGAAUACUCUGAACCAAUUCUGGAAUUUAAUAGAAGUGUUAAAGCUGUUUCUACAAAAUAUAAUGGCCCUCCCUUUCCGCCAGUUGCUUCUACUUUUCAGCCCACUACUGAUAUUCUGGAUAAAGUAAUUCAGAGAAAAGAAACACUGGAAAAUAGCUUAAUUCAGUGGGUAGAACAAGAAAUAAUGUCAAGAAUGAUCUCUGGGCUCCUUCCAAUCCAGCAGCAGGCCACAGCUAAUGCCAGUGUCUCAGUCAGUGAGGCCAGUGAGCCAGUGACUUCUGACAUUGUGGAAGGAACAAGCGGUGGUGCCCUCCAGCUUUUUGUCGAUGCUGGGGUUCCCGUGAAUUCAGACAUGAUCAGGCAUUUUGUGAAUGAAGCUCUUGCUGAGACCAUUGCUGUCAUGCUCGGUGACAGAGAAGCAAAGAAGCCAGGUCCAGUUGUUACAGGUGUUUCUGGGGAUGUUUCAACAAGUGAAACAUACUUGCCGGCAAGAGUGUGCACCCCCUUGGCUACCCCACAGCCAACUCCUCCUCAUUCGCCUUCAUCACCUCCUAAGGAGCACCUGUUGGUAAAAACUCCAGAUUCUUCUCCCUGUGUUUCAGAUCACGAUGUAGCUAUUCCCAUGAAAGAAAUAUUGGCUGAAGAAGGAAAUGAUAUGCCUACCAUCACACUUGUUAAUACCCCAGCAGUCACCCCAACGACCACACCUCCCCCCGCAGCAGCUCUUACCCCAACUUUGUCAGAGACUUCAGUUGACAAAUUGAAAGUGUCAAGCCCAGAGCUUCCCAAGCCAUGGAGUGAUGGAGAGCUGCCACUAGCAGAAGAGAAUCCCAACUCUCUUCAAGAAGAGCUUCACCCAAGAGCCAUUGUAAUGUCUGUGGCCAAGGAUGAAGAACCUGAGAGCGAGGACUUCCCUGCUCAGCUUGCUCCUCCAAAGCCAGUUGCCCUUAUGCCACUCUCUGCUGGCAUCAAGGCUCCUUCCCCCAUACAGAUGCCAAGUUCAGAUUCCUCCACUGUGGAGAGUACCUUGAGUGUUACUGCCUCUGAGACGGAAACCUUAGAUAGACCCAUCUCUGAAGGAGAGAUCUUAUUUAACUGUGGUCACAAAGUGGCUCCUAAGAUUUUAGGAGAUGAAGGACUGUAUCUGGCAAGCUUAAAUGAUAGCUUAUCCAGUACUUUGAAAGAUGCCCUCGAAAUGGAAGAUGAUCCUCCCAGCGAAGGACAAGUGAUUAGGAUGCCCCAUAGAAAAGUUCAUGCUGAUGCAAUUCUUUCUCUUCUUGCUAAACAAAACCCGGAAUCAUUAGUUUCACAGCAAGCCGUAUAUCAUUCAGAGGACUUGGAAAACAGUGUGGGUGAGCUUAGUGAAGGACAGAGGCUGCCAGCAGCAACAGCAGACAUCUUCAUGGGACUUUCCGCGUAUGUGCAGCAACCUGUGGCUAAGGCAGAGUCUUCAGAUGAAAAAUGUCCUCUUAAGCCAUCAUCUCAGCAAUGUGACACAGUUGCAGCAGAUGCUGUUUAUGAAGAUUUAUGUGCCAGUCAUGGUCCAAUGAGUUUGGGAGAAUUGGAGUUGCAGCCAGAUCCUCACAUUACUCUUCCCACGACACUUCUGACAGCACAAGAAAGUGAUGUUAAAUUACCAGAAGCCGCUGAAGACUUUCCUCAGUACCAACAAAAGCAAGACCAAGAUGUUAAGCAAGUUGAACACAAGCCAGUUCAAAGUCGUUUAAUACGUGUAAGAAAUAAAUCUGAUAUUUCACUUUCACAGCAGCAAGCUUCACCAGGUGAUACGGAUCAGACACAAAUUGAGCCCAGUCUGUACCUCACAUCUUUAUUUACAGGUGGUAAAGCGGUUCCACUCUUCACUUCUCAGACAUCACCUGCCAAGAUGUCUGUGACACUACCCUCAGUGAGCCCGGAAGACUGCUCUCGGUCUCUGAGCAUUGGCACUGGCCAGGGGGACACGGAGUCCUCGGGAGCAGACACCUUCUGAAUGCGAAGUGAGAGCCAGUACAAUACUUGUGCUGGUGGUUUUGAGGUCAUUUUCCUCUGGCAUAAAACCAUCUCUCAGGCUAUUUUGGUCCUUCAACAUAUCCAGAAAAACAAUUUAAAAUUUUUUAUUGAAGUGGAAAGCAUAAUUUGGGUAUUUAGGUAACAUUUUUAAAUAAAAUAAUUUAAAUGGCUAUCAUUGUGAGUCUGUGUUAUUUCUUAGAAUCCUAAGGCAGCUAUGGAGUAGUGGAAAGGGCAUAACUUUUGAUAUCUAAAAAUUUACUCUACAGAUAUAAUUAUCUGUACUUAGUUGCGAAAUAAAGUUGCUCGGUGUUAUUCAUCCCAAAUUUUUUAUAAGAGCAAAUAAUUGGUACCAAUUUAAUGCCUCUCACUAAGGAAUUAAUUGAAAAAGUGUUAGUACAACAGAAUACUAGGUGUCACAAAAAAGAAUUUUAAAAUGUUUAUGUGUUGAUAUGGAAUUAUCUUUGAGAUCUGUUGGGUUUUUUUCAGUUUUAAAAAAUGAAUAUGAUAGUUGAAUAGAAAAAUGAAGGUAUAGUUGACUCAUUAUGUUAUUUUCAGGUGUACAACACAGUGAUCCAGUAUUUUUGCAGAUUAUAUUCUAUUAUAGGUUAUUACAAGAUAUUGGGUGUAAUUCACACUGCUAUACAGUGAAUCCUUGUUGUUUAUUUUAUAUACUGUGUAAUAAUAUCUGUUAAUUUGCCCCUCCUCCUUUCCCUUUCCCCUUUGGUUACCACAAGUUUGUUUUUUAUGUCUGAGAGUUUGUUUCUGUUUUGUAUAUAUGUUUAUUUUUAUUAUUUUUAAAAUUCCACAUGUGUGCCUUUCUCUGUCUGAUGUAUUUCAUUAUGCAUAAUAUUCUCUACGUCUGUCCACAUUGCUACAAAUGGCAAUGUUUCAUUCUUUUUUAUGGCCAAGUAAUAUUGCAUUGUAUAUAUUAUAUAUACCACAUAUCUGAGAUAUAUUGAUAAAGUGCAAAAAGCCACAUGAAAGAUAGUGUGUGAGUUAUGCUACCCUUGUUUAAAAUGAGAUGGGGAUCAAUCCAAAUAUAUGGAUGUACAUACACACACACCUACAUAAUGCUUAUGUAUGUAUUAAAUAUCUUUGGAAGGCUAGACAAGAAACAGCUAACUUGGUCUCCUUUCUCUAACUUGGAAAUGGAAUGGCGAGGCGAUAGAGAGGCUGAGUGAUUGGAAUCACGGAUGAGUGUAUUUACUGUGGAUUCUACGUCCAGUUGUGACGGGAGAAAACGGAGCAGGCUCUUGGUCCUGGACUUCUGUUUGCUGGGAGUUUCUAAAUUACUGACUCAGUUUCAGUACUGGUGAUUGGUCUGUUCAUAUUUUCUGUUUCUUUCUGGUUCAAUUUUAGGAGGUUGUACCUUUCUAAGAAUUUGUCCAUUUCUUCUAGGUUGCCCAUUUUAUUGGGGUAUAGUUGCUUGUAGUAAUCUCUUAUGGUCCUUUGUAUUUCUGUGAUGUUGGUUAUCAUUUCUUUUUCCUUUCUAAUUUUAUUGAUUUCGACCCCUUCCUUUCUUUUUCCUGAUGGGUCUGUCCAAAGAUUUAUCAGUUUUACCUUUUCAAAGAACCAACUUUUUGUUUCAUUGAUCUUCUCUCUUGGUUUUCUAGUCUAUAUAUCAUUUAUUUCCACUCUCAUCUUUAUGAUUUCUUUCUUUCUACUAAUUUUGUGUUUUGUCUGUUGUUGUUUCUCUUGUUCCUUUAGUGUAAGUUUAGGUUGUUUGAGAUUUUUUGUUUCCUAAGGUAAGCAUAUGUCACUAUAAACUACUCUCUUAGAACUGCUUUUUAGCAAAAGCAUUUUUUAUUUAAAAGUGUCGGUAGUUUUUUCAUUCUAACCAUAGAAAUCUAGCCUUUUCUGGCUUUAGAAUAGAAUUACAAUCUUUGGUUUAUUCCACCCCAUAUGUACUUGAGCUUUACUUUUUCUUUUUGGUGUGUCUUUGUGUGUUUUUGUACCAUGUGGCUUGCAGGAUCUUAGCUCCCCUACCAAGAAUGGAAAUUGUGCCCCUUGCAGUGGAAGUGUGGAGUCCUAAUCACUGGACUGCCGGGGAAUUCCCUUGAGCUUUCCUUAAAAAUGUUUGGUAUCUUUUCAUCAGUAUUUUGUUUGUUUAUAGGAUUAUUUCUGGCCAAGUUUGCUUCUACAUAUAUUCUUCUGCCAACCACCUUCAAUUUUUUAGAAUAAAAUUAUGUAUGUAAAAGUAAAUUAGUUUGAUGUUAUGGGCAUUAAAAUUUUUAUCUUAUAUUUGAUUUUAUAAUUUCCAACUUCUGGAAUGAACCACUUAUAAGACGUGUUGUUAAUAAGUAGACUUUAUCAAGAUCAGGACUGUUGUUGGGCUUACAUGCCAGAGUAACAGGUAUUUAAAAUGUUUCUUUGGUUUAAAUCCUAAAAUAAGUUUGCUUUUUGUGCAUUUUAAUAGAAUCUUGAAUAAAUGUGUCUAUUUUCAAAAGAUGAUUACAUCACUAUGUUUCUGAUUUGUAUAUUUCUGGUCUCUUAAUUUUUAUUUUAAAAUAUUAAACAUAUAUUUAAAUCA